UUUUCUGUCUGGGGGUGUACCCAUAGGGUUUCUAUCUGGGGGUGUAGACGAUGCAGCUCUACGAUCACGUGACAUUUCCUGUUUCGCUGAAGCGAAGGAGAUCAUCCAGAAAUAUUAAGGUAUUUUUAAGCAUCGAUGGCUCUCAUCUCUCUCGAGGACCUCGAUGGAUUAGACGAUGAACAAAUAGCAGAGGAAACGGCUGACGGGUCUGAGGCAAGAGAGGAGAUGGAGAGCCAGCGCCUCCUCAACCACUGGCAGGCAGUGGGUCGUACUCAUCACGUGUCUGUCCCUACAGAAAUGACUGGACCGAUCCAGGAGAUGACCCGCCAGAACCAGCAGAGGGAGCAGAUCCCAUUCACAAACAUCUCCUGCCAGGACAAGCUAGGGGAGGGGCUGAUUGAAGAGAAGGUGUGUCCAGGAGGGAUGUGGGCGUGUGUCACGCGCAGGGAGGAGCUGUAUGAGCAGAGCAUCUCCAACGCCUUCAUGAAGCUCAUGCGCUUCAUCUGCAAGGAGAACUCCGCAGGCCGCUACCUGGGAAUGACUAUACCUAUAGUCAACAUCAUCCACCUGACGCAGGACGGCAGCGCAUUCGAAAAGGACGUGGUCACUGCUUAUUACCUGCCGUCUGAGUUCCAAGCCAACCCCCCCGAGCCUGCAGACCCGGAGGUGUCCAUCGUCUUCAGACCUCCCUUCCCCGUCCUGGCCAGGACAUUCUCCGGAACCACGACGGAAGAAACGUUGUCCCAUCAGAUCCACCAGCUGUGGGAGCAUCUGGGCCCGUCUGGAGACUUCCAGCGGGACAGCUAUAUGGUGGCCGUGUACACCAACCCUGGGGUGGCACAGCGGCGCAACGAGAUCUGGUUCCUCCAUCGAGACCCCUAGGAGCUUCUGUCAUGUGUAUACCUGUGCACUCUGUGUACUCUGCACUGCACUCUGUGCCCCUACUGUGCACUCUUUACUUACUGUAUACUGUACAGGGCGUACGUGUUCCUACUGUGUACUGUGUGCUUACUGUCAAAUGUGUACUUACUGUAUACGGUGUACUGUGUAUUGUACACUGCAUUGUACAGUAUAGUGUACUUAAUUCAUACAGUGUACUUAUUGUAUGCAGUGUACUGUGUAGCUACUAUACACUCUGUACUUUGUACCUUCUAUACACUGUGUACUGUAUACAGUGAAUCUAUUGUACACUGUGUACUUACUGUACACUCUGUACUUUACAGUGUACUUACUGUAUACUGUGUACAUCUCGUCUGCACCCCCUCACACCGUCUGUCCCGUCCCAUGUUCAGGUGGAGUCGUCUGGGGAGACUGGGGGUCCCAAGGUGGUUUGGGUUCUCUGGGGGUCCCAAGGUGGUUUAGGGUUCUCAAGGUGGUUUAGGGUUCUCAAGGUGGCUUUUGGGUUCUCUAUAAGGUUUUCAUGGUGGCUUGGGGUUCUCUAGGGUUUUCAUGGUGGCUUAGGGUUCUCAGGGGUUGUCUUGGUGUCUUAGGGUUCUCUGGCGUUCUCCUGGGAGUUAAGGGUUCUCUGGUGUACUCAUGGUGGAUUAGGGUUCUCUUAGGUUUAUCAUGGUGGCUAAAGGUCCUCUGGGGUUUUCAGGUGGUUCAGGGUUCUCUGGGGUUCUUAAGGUUCUCAGGGGUUAUCAUGGUGGAUUGGGGUUCUUAAGGUGGCUGAGGGGUUAUCUUGGGUUCUCAAGGUGGGUUAGGGUCCCCUUGCAUUCUCAUUGUGGGUUAGGGUUCCAAAACGUAUCCUAUUCUGCUCAUUUGGGAAAAUCUAAGAAAUCUUGCUGCCUGUUUAUUUACCUUUGAAUAGAAAGCAGCGGUAAGAUUCAGGAUUGUUUUUAAACUUUGCAUCAUGCCUCAUCUCUAAGAGGGAGAGGACAGAUACAGACCCUGAAUGAUAACCAACCACUCCAGAUAGAGGUUAGCAACAAUUACAAUUCUCUAUACAAAACUUACAUAUUUUACGACAUGUCUUGCUGUUCAUUGUAAGUUCGAAGUAUGUUUCUAAAUAAAAUAAAAAAUAUUCACAGUUGUAAAAUUAACAUUGCAUCAUAGUUUUCAAUAAAUCAUCAUGAAAAAGUA